AUGCCCGCCCCGCCACCGCCCCCGCCGCCCAACUUGGCUCCGCCCAAUCUCUCCGUGGCCAAUUCGGCGCCGCGUGGCAUGCCAGCCGGCCGCGACGCUCUUCUCGGCGAUAUCCAGAAGGGCAUGAAACUCAAGAAAACCGUCACGGUUGAUAAGUCCAAGCCGCUCAUUGACGGGAAAACCAGCGUUGCGGCGGCGCCGUCUGCCGGGCCCCGGACGCUGCUGGCGCCGCUGCUGGCGCUGGCGCCCAUGCCGCCGGGCCCGCCGCAAUUGGGCGACAUUUUUGCUGGCGGCAUGCCCAAGCUUCGAUCUGUCGAUAACCGCAGCGGCCUUGUCCCUGCUGGCGCUCCGCGGGUGCCGACGGCGCCAGCAAGAGGCGGAGACGCAAUGGCUGCAAAUAACGCCCCCAGGUCGGCGCCGCCGCCGGACCAGCGCAAGUCGCCUGUGCCGCCCGUGCCCCUGGCGCCUGUGCCGCCGCUGCUUCCCCUGGGACGCCCACAGCACCCCCUGGCGGCUCCGUCGGUGCCCCUGGCGCGCCCACAACACCCCCUGGCGCGGCCGCCGCUGCUGGCUCCGCCAAUUCCUCUGGCGCCUCCACCGAUUCCUCUGGCGGCUCCACCGGUCCCCCUGGCAGCUCCACCGGUCCCCCUGGCGGCUCCACCAAUCCCCCUGGCAGCUCCACCAGUCCCGCGCACAAAACUGCCCAACCCGCCCGCUCUGAGCCUCCGUGUGCCCCCUGCACGCCCCGCCAAGCGUGGCCACUUGAAGUCAGCGUCUGUCAGCUCCGUCAGCUCCGCCAUUUCCGCCGAGGACGUGCCGCCGCCGGUCCCCAGUGCUGGACCGCCGCCAGUGCCUCCGCCGCCGCCGGGAGGCCUUCUGCAUGCGGAGAAACCGUCGAACCCGCCGCCUCCUCCGUCAGGACUUCCGUUUUUGGCAGAGAUCAACGCCAGAUCGUCGCCGCUGUCAGCACCUCCCGUGCCAGCACCUCCAGCGCCAGCACCACCAACGCCGGCUGCUGCGCCACCACCGCCAUCAGCACCUGCGCCGCCUCCGGGUGGGCUUCCUUUCUUGGCUGAAAUCAACAAGAGACGCUCCUCUCCACCCCCUGCUGCAGCUCCGCCGCCUCCAUCACAUGUGCCUGCUGCGCCGCCACCAGCCCCACCGGCGCCUGCUCCACCUGCUCCACCGGCGCCUGCGCCUGCUCCUCCGCCUCCACCUCCGACAGCAUUAUUUCUGGGCAGCAAGGCUCCCUCGGCGCCUCCUCCGCCGCUGCUGCUUCCUCUGGCGCCCAAAGCAUCCACACCGUCCAAGCCUGCUGUUGCAGGUGCGUUGCCGUUCAUUGACCAGAUCAAUGCCCGCAGAAACGAUGCUUACGUAGUAGAUGAGACGGCUGUGUCGCGUGCUGCGGCGUCUGGGCCAAAGACACAAUCUCUGGCGCCUACGGUUCCAUCUCUGGCGCCUCCGCCACCAAAGGUUCCAGUUCUGGCGCCUCCUCCACCGAAAAUGCCCUCUAUGGCCCCUCCUCCACCAAAAGUGCCGUCGAUGGCCCCUCCGCCGCCAAAGGCGCCUUCUAUGGCGCCGCCUCCGCCCUCGGCGCCUGUACCUCCAGCAUCCAGCGCAUCAAGAGCUUCUGCGUCGGAUUCUGCACCUCUGGCGCCUUCUCCCAAUGCGCCAGCACUAAGUUUGCCGUUCUUGGAGUCCAUCAACGCCAGGAGACGUGACGUGGACGAACCGAAAAACUCUGCUGCACCUCCAUCGGCGCCUGCUCCGCCGAAAACAGCACCGGCUCCGCCUGUUCCUAACUUCUCUUCCAACGCUCUGAAUGGCGCUGCACCUCCUGUCCCGGGCCAGAAAUCGCAGGCGCCAUCGUUGCCGUUUUUGGACCAAAUCAACGCCCAUAGACUGGAUCUGGGGCUGACCCAAUCUUCUGCGCCAGAAGCUGCUCCGGCCCCUCCUGUGCCGCAUACUGCUCCGGCCCCACCUCAACCGGCUGCUUCUCCUCCACGCGCUCCAUCUCCGCCAACAUUUUCGGCGCCAUCUCCUCCAGCUCCGCCUCCGCCGGCCCCGCCAUCUUUCGCGCCGCCUUCUCCGUCUCCGCCCUCUCAGGUUCCGUCGUCGCCAGCACCACCUCCACCAGCUGUUCCUCCUCCGGUUUCGCUGGCUCUGGUGUCUCGCAAGAAGCACACUGCGCCGCCACCGCCGCCAUCUGCGUUGGACCAGCAACAGUCUGCUGGCUCUUCUCUACGCAAGAUCUCGGCCCUGGCUUACACCAUCACUGCCAACCGCAGCAGCGACAGCAAACCGCAGCGGCCGUCCAUUGAUGAGCUGCGCUUCAAAUUCAUCAACAGCGACUCGCUUCCACAUCCUCGGCGCUUCGAGGGAAAGCUCAAGUUGUAUCCUAGUGGGCGUGGAUCGUCUGUUCCGUUGGAUCUUUCGUUGUACACAUGA